AUUGCAGACCAUCUGGAGGUACAGCAUCAAGUGUCCCAGUAUCCUAUCCUGCAAUUAGUGUUCCAAUUCAGAGUCCUGCCAUUGUGUCCCCGGCCCUAAGAGUGCCCAAGGAGAUAGCUUCACGUCCAACGGGAGCCUCCGACCAGUACAAAAAGACUGCUGCUUCCCCCGCUACUGAUCCCACCAAUCCUGUCACCACUGAGUUCAACUCGAGCAAGCGUGAAGAUGGUGUUGGUGGGAAUUCCUAUAUGGAGUCCACUUUGGCCAUUUCGGGUCCUGCGAGGCAAUCACAAAUGGCAUCAGCCAGCAAAGUUGUGACCACGAUGGUGCCAGAACGUGACACUGGUCCAGGUAAAGUGUCGUCGGGAAAUUGUAAGCCAAUGCCACACAGAUCAUUAGCUGGACCCACGAAACUGACUGUCCAGAGCACUCCGGUAAAGUAUCAUCCCCCAAUGCUUAGCUCAGCCCUGGACAGUCACAACAAAGUGCCACAGCUCAAUCGCCCGAGCGCUAAAACCAAUGGACCAUCCAAUACAUCGAGCCAUCAGCAGAGUAAUCAAUGGCAGGGUAGUCAGGGUCAGGGUCAACCACAGCAUCAGCCUGCAAAGGCCAACAUAUCCCUGCGAACACAUCAUGCCCAUGACUUGCGUGGGCUGCAACGGGUAGCCGAGUGUCACUCAUCCUCAGAUGAGAAUCGAUCAUCAGGCCAUGCCAGUAUGUCUGACACAGGACACGGAAGUAGCUCUCCUGGUGGAAAUUGUAAUGCAACUCUAGGACCCCUUCCCGAAGAUAGACUAGCUGCCGGAGUCACGAGUCGUAGCACAAGAUCCAGAGCAAGUACAAGCCAUUCUCGGUCCCGACAUCGAGCAACGCCAGCCAAAGUACCCUGGGGCGGAAGUGGUCUCGAGGACAUCAAACAAGCAAUUCAGCAAUUGACUAUGCGAUCGCAAACAAGCACCUCCACGUACAGCAGCCUCAGUGCAGGAUCUGAGAGUUCAGAGCCGGCUCGCCGUCUAGGAAGGUAUUCGUCCCUGGAGACGGUGAACACCAACGUUACCAGUGCUGAUGAAUUCGUCUGGGUGGACUCGCACAAUCGCCUUGUAGAGUUGCAAUACCCUCCCUGGAGUCAGCAUUGCAUCCUUCGUGUGAUUCGUGCUGGAAGAUGUCGAGAGAGUGCUGAUAGGAUCAGCAUUGAAGCAGUACCGAGAUUGGGAUAUCUGCUUCAGCGAGCCCUGGUGCGAGUGGCUAGAGAAAUCCAACGACUUUCGUGUGCAUUGGGUUUGUGCUCAAAGCACGAAGUUGCUGGAGCUUUUAAGAUAGUCCUAUGUCCUGCAUUGGCUGAUUCUUGCAUUAAGGCAUGCCUUAGGGCCGCUACAAUGUUCGCAGUACCAGGAGAUGGAGCUCUGAAACAGAGUAAAUCCUCUCGUGCUGGACUACAAUUGCCUGUCGGAAGAUUCCAUCGAUGGAUGGCUGAUGCUCGACUUGGUCGCUUUGUCCAUGAAUAUGCUGCAGUUUAUCUGACAGCAGGAUUGGAGAAUCUUCUUGAAGAAAUCCUCAUUCAGAGUCUACCAUCAGACACUUCGAUCCCUCUAACGGCUACCGGAUUGGAGCAUGCUAUUGCAGGAUCUGGUGAUUUAUGGGGUCUCCUGCAACCCUAUUCACACCUCAAUGCUGGUAGAAUUGCUUCAGGUGCUCUUACAAUGCCACGUUGGGCUAGUCAGUCCUCCAUUGGAUCGGGAUCUGUUAAUAGUUCUCAGCAAAAUCAAGCUCUUGAACCAUGCCUCCUAACCACGUGCGUGGGAAGCAUUCAAGAACUGAGGGAUCUGGUUUUGAGAGCACAACAGAAACUCCAUCAUGUCAGCUUGUCUCAUGGAGCCCUCAAAGCCCUUUUCUAUUUCAUGCGUUGCUCACAAUUGGAACACGGUGACUCAGCAACGACUGGAGGAUCCUCCGGAGGUACAAAUGGCGUUCAGGAGCUCUGCUACGAACGUGCCUAUGUAGUUCUUCCUCCACUUGUUGAAUGGCUGAGAGUAACUUCAAGUCAUGCUGAAUAUCGUCAUGCCCUUCUGAUUGAUAAGGAUGAUAUUAUGCAAGCCGCGCGGCUUCUUCUGCCAGGAGUCGAUUGUCCUCCAAGGCCUAUCCUCGGAGAAGAAGAGUUGCCUACAAAGCGUCUUCUUCAAGCAAAUUCCAAUAGUACUCCACCUCAAGAAGAUCCCAAUGAAUGCGGCAGGAGAGCGACGUUGGCUCUGGCAUUUAGACUCAUUAUGACUGGGAGGCCUGAGUUAUUCCUUCAGGCGAGUUCACUUCUGCCUUCUUCUAGCAGAUAUGAUACUUUGAAUCACCAAGGAAUGACGCCUCUUAUGAUUGCUGCUAUACGAAAUGACGAAGCCACACUACAAGCUAUUCUGGACACUGGAGCUGAUCCAAAUAUUGAAGUACCCGGACAUUGUCCAGCCAUUCAUCCGGAAACUCAACACUGGACAGCCGUUACCUUUGCGGCAUGUCGUGGAAAUUUUCAGGCGGUUAGGAUCCUCCUGGAGAGAGGAGCCCAUGUCGAGGGUGGAGCAAGAUUGAGUGAGGACAAGUGUACUCUGACACCUCUUCAAGUAGCCAGUGGUGCUGGAUGUCUGGACAUUGUAGCUCUUCUGUUGGCACAUGGUGCUCAUACUUUCCUGUCGACUCAGCAGAAGGACUCCUUAUGCUUCUCAGGCAGUGCUCAGCGCGGAUGUUACAGUGCAAUUUCCGUUGCUGCAGCUCAUGGUCAAAGAGUGACUCUCAGGAAAUUACUUUCACAUCCACUGGCUCCUGGUAAUCGAGAAGUUCUGUCUCUGGAAGAAAUGCUUGCUGAGGGAGAUUCUACAUCACGAACAGCUGUGGAGAGGAAUCAUUCAACAGAUUCAGCUCCAGCUCUCAAUAAAACACAAAUAAAGAGUCUCCAGGAAGCAAUGUAUCACAGUGCUGAGAACAAUCACUUAGACAUCACCGUUGAAUUGAGAACUCUAGGAGUUCCUUGGACUCUGCAUUGUUGGAUGCAUGCUCUGGCUGCGGCUCAUGAAUUGAGAUUAGAUGCCGUAAUUGAUCAAUUACUCCAGGAUUUCCUUCAAGUCUGUCCCGAUGACUAUAGUUCACAAUUUGUCACAGAAUGUCUUCCACUUCUUUUUAACAUUUUCCGCUACAGCAAGAAGGAAGGAACUACCCUUCUCCUCGCUGACAUCUUCGCAACUUGUUUUGGUUGGGAGUCCAUCAAGUCUAUCAAGGAGCCCGUGAUGCAACCCGGAAAUGGAAGUCGCAUUGAUCCAAAAUUUGUGAAUAAUCCUGAACUCAGUGACGUGACAUUCAGGGUGGAAGGAAAAAUUUUCUAUGGUCAUAAAAUUGUACUAGUGACAGCAUCACCUAGAUUCCAGAACAUGCUAAGCUCUAAGUUGGUUGAGGGGAAUACACCUACUGUACAGAUUAAUGAUAUUCGCUAUCACAUAUUCGAACUUGUGAUGCAAUUCCUAUAUUCUGGUGGAUGUAACACCCUGGAUGUUGUGCCUGAUGACAUUCUAGAGCUAAUGGCAGCCGCAAGUUUUUUCCAAUUGGACGGAUUGUUGCGUUAUACGGAAGCUAGGUGCUCUGGCAUGAUUGACAUAGACAAUGUCGUGGCGAUGUACAUUCACGCAAAGGUUUACAAUGCGCACAAAUUGAUGGAAUACUGUCAGGGUUUCCUGUUGCAGAACAUGGUGGCCCUCUUAACGUACGAUGAUUCUGUGAAGCGCCUCUUGUUCGCUAAAAAGAUUCCUAAUCACGAUGUACUCAGUGGAUUACUGUCGACCCUUCAAACACGCAUCAAGAGCCGCCAAUCGCUCCAGAAUCCACCAAAUAUUCAUACUGCCGUUCCAGCUCGCACAUGAUUGUGCUUUUCUUCUCCCUCGGCAAUCUUCUUGGCAAAGUAGAUUUUUUCCGCACAACAAAUGCACGCACAAAAUGCGAAAGACAAUGUAUAAGGGAAGUUAACUUGGGGCACAUGGGAACAAUUAAGAAUUAUUUAUAUAAAUACAUUUUUGCUAUAUAUAUAUAUCAAUUUUAAUUGUGAGUAAAUAUAUUCGUAAAUACAUUUUUUAAUUAUAUUUCAUUAUCCUUCCUAUAUCAUUAUAGUAAUUAUUUUUGUAGGGUCUAUCAUUUGAGUUUAAUUUUUAUGAUUUGUUUAUUUUUCUUCUUCAUAAUAGAAAGGAAAUUUUUUUAGAACGAAAAUAAAAACAAUGUUCUCCUCUUCUUUCACAUAAAUUAUCGUAGUUAUUUAAGAAUUUGCUGUAUUUCUUAGAAAUGUGUGUAAAGAAUUUGUAUUUUUUUCAUCUUGUGUAUUCCCUUCUUUUUCAAUCAUUUGUUGUUUCUGUCUUUUAGAAGAACAAUGAAGGAAAAUAAAGAAGCAAUUGUAAUAAAAAAAAUAAUAAUAUAAAAGUAAUUAUAAAAAAAAAACUGGGAAGAAAUAAAAUUAACUCUUGAGCCGUGCAACAA